AUGUGCACAGCGCUGAGCACACCGCAUGCCCAACCCACCUACCAGCACCUCAGACUGAAAGUGAGUCGUUCCCACUCAGAGAGGCACCCCACAACACAGGCCACAGCCCAGCACAGGGUCAGGAGGUACACAGACACUGAGAGAGAUUGGCCUUGGUCUCAAGCUUACAUCAGAUCCACAGGGAGCAUGGGGUUAAACUCUAACAAAGGCUUAAAUCUCUCCACCGUGGUUAUGCACGGGAAGGAGGUCUACUUGGAAAAGGAAUGGAUGUGGGACAGCACAAAUAGGCUCCCACAGCUGCUGGGCCAGCUGGGCCAAGAAAUAAAGGUAGGGUGCAGGGUAAUUAAUGGCUCCAGUUACCAGCAGGUGACCCAAAUCUCAGUGACAGAAGCAGAAAGUCAGAAAAAUCAGAAAAAAAACUGUGCCAUAGAAAACUCUGACUGUUGGUGCAAUUUUACUUUGGUCCAGCCAGUCUUCGUGGUCUGCCUCUGGGCCCAGAACAGCGUGGGCCUGUCCUUUAAAUUCAAGAUUGGCACCACGACACCCUUCAUUGCUGCCCUUAAGAUCUCAAAGUGCCAUUUUUUGGCCUGGCAUGCAGCCCAAUACGCUGAAGUUGGCAAUCAAGUCAAACUGGAAAUUGAAUACUCCCAAGAGGGUGUAACUGAUCCUGUGCAAAUCAAUGGCACUGCUGUGACUGUCACUGCCCCCAGCAGCCACAGGUGGGUCCUGCCACUCACCUGCUUCUGCCAAAACAAAACUCUCGACAGAUCUGAAGUAGGCACAGAGGCUUUCUGGUACAAGCAGGAUGGACGCUGUCCACACCAGCUCGUAAACUUCCAGGUGUGGUGCCGAGGAAACCUGAGCGUAGAAAUGUCCCCUGAGCUUGGAGGGAAGUGGUGGGUAGAAGGCCCUGACGGCUUUAGAAAGGACUUGACCAUCCUCCCUGUCCUGCGUCCCUUCAUUUCCAAAAUAGGCCCCUAUGUGGUAAAGAAAAACCACGUCCAAGAGCUGCUGACUGGGCCUGUACGCUCCCUGAAGAAGGUGGUGCUGUCGCUGGCGACUGUUAACAUUUCAUCUGUCAGGCCACACUGCACCCCUUUCCUGUCCACUCUUCACACUGGCUGGCUGGCGUGGCUCCACAGCCGCUCCCUCCAGGGCACCCGAGCCAGAAGAGACCUGCUGGCCUCAGUGCUGGGAGGAGGAGGUGCCGGGCUGGGAGUCCUCAACAGUAUGAACGCUGAGGUCUUGGCCAACAAGCUGGAGGCUGUCACCUCAGGUGUGCAGGGCGUCUUUAACCCCCUGAAUUCAUCUCUGGCCAGCCUUGGGAUGGGGCAGUGGCUCGUGUCAGAGGUGUUGCCCACCUGGGAACAAAUAAAUGAGAAAGACCACCAGCUGCUGUUGCGAGCGCUGGGCAUUGAACAAAGUAAUGUCUCCCUUGCUCUCAGCUGCAUCCAGGCCCAGAUGUGGGUGCAGAGUGUCGUUGCAGGUAUCCUGAGAGACGGUGAAAGCGGCGUCCUCCCCACCGAGAUCCGGAAGAUCGUGUGGGACGCAGCCACAGAGAAGGAGCGGCAGCUCCAGGCCUGGUGGAGGCUCGUCAACUUCACCCAUGACCAGGUCCUCAAUGCAGUCAUCGCCCACGUCCUGACUGUGGCAGAGGCUCACAUUGAGAAGGUCUACCCCAUUGUGGCCCUUGGGGUGAACACAAACGGAUCUGUGGUGUACCCUCUGGAGCACCGCAUGUGGGCGAGGGUGUGGGGUGGGAAGUGGCAGUCGGUAGAUUUGGAAGCUUGCAUUCUGGAAAGGGGGCUGGGCUUCAUCUGCGAGGAUGACGCCCUCAGGGCCAGCGACGUUUGCUUUGACACCAAAGAGGGGGUGUGCCACUUCGAGAUCAGUCCCCACAGCAGCAACAGGACCGUGCUGGUGUAUGUGGGGAAGGGUUGCGUGUGCUUCAGGACCACCUGUGCACAUGUGCAGAUCAACCACCUCUAUAACCAGACCGUCUUCAACGACUCCAACACCUGCGCUUGCAACGUAGCUGUUAUCAGAGGCUGUGAUUUCAUCUAUAGAGCGCCUGUGCUUACUAGCCAGUUACUAAUCAGAAACUACACCUUGUACCGCAGUGUGACCCCCACUCCCAUAGGCAUGGACUUGUCGCUUGUCAAAGAGAUGCUAGAGCAUGCAAGCCUGCAACAGCUGCUCGAGAACGCCAAGGCAGAAGCUCGCAAGAUCCUCAUCACCGUGCACCACGACGGCAGAGCCAUCAAGCAGGUGAUGGAGCGGAUUAAGAGGGUGGGAGAGCACCGCUGGUGGGAAAUGUUCUUCGGCUGGUCCCCCACAGCCACCAGCGUCUUCAACGCGCUGCUGCACCCUGUUGUGGUUAUUCUGCUCAUGCAGACCUUCCUCUGCCUCACCAUGAUAGCCAUUUGCUACUGGAUCAGGCAGAUGAAGCUCUGCAUUGAGAGCCAGGUGAAAAGACUGGGGCUGGCCAAGCGCCUCCUACCAUAGCCAAGGGCAAGACUGGGUUGGCCUCUGUGUCUGCCACCAAGAAGAACUUCCAGCUCCGCUGCUGGCUGCAACCCAGCAGGCGUUGAGCGGUGGAGACAUAUGUCAUACCAGACCUUGGCAUGAGGGAUGGCCUUCUCUGCUAUACAGAGAGCCAUCCAGGAGGGGAGGGCAGGCCAAGCAGCCUGCCACUGGCAUGGGUCACAGAAUGGUUGAGGUUGGAAGACACCUCAUGAGAUGACCCAGUCCCACCUGCCCUGCUCAAGCAGGGUCACCUAGAGCAGAUAGCCCAGGACUGUGUCCAUUUAGGCACUAACUAUCUCCAGAGAUGGAAACUCCACAACCUCUCUGGGCAGCCUGUUGCAGUGUUUGAUCACCCUCACAGUAAAAUGCAUGAGUUAGCAUAAGUAACCUGCCUUUGAACCUCCCAACCCCAAAUGCUAAGGUGGAGAAGCUGCUCUGUGUGAUUUAAGACUCCUUAAGCAGAAAAGAAGGCGAUAAGGAAAGCCAAGGACAGUGUCUUUGGAAGGAAAGACAAGGGAGUGUAAUGCCUGAGCGUGGAAAUGCACCCACUGCAGAUGGCAGAGGUGUUUCCAGCCUCGAGGACUUGGAAAGAUGAUAAAAGAUGAACAGAACGAAAGAUCCUGUAACCACCUUGGACUUAGAGGAACUGAAUCCACAUGGACCUUUGCAGCAACCACCUCCAGGCUCCUAAGACUUCCAGGCUGCCUGGCCAACAGCUUGGUGAGCUCUUGUUCUGGAGCCUGUCCACCGCUGCUUUGCUUUGCUUAGCUGAACAUGUACUCAAUAAAGUCUGUGUUAGAGGA